AUGAUUUCUGCGUCAGUUACGAACGAAGCAAAUGAUUUCCCACUUGCUGAUGAUGAAUCUCAAGGAAGUUUGAUAGAUACUGAAACUCGAACUCUUCAACCAGCAAAACCUUUGCCUGGUGAGGAAUCUGAAGAUCAGGAGGAAAAAGCUCGUCUAAUUGCUCAAGUUCUCGAACUCCAAAACACUUUAGAUGAUUUAAGUCAACGAGUUGACAGUGUGAAAGAAGAAAGUUUGAAAUUACGAUCUGAAAAUCAAGUGUUAGGGCAGUACAUACAAAAUUUAAUGUCUUCGAGUGCUGUAUUCCAGUCUGCUCAACCAAAAGCAUCGCAGUCCAAGUAA